AUGUGCACACCACUCGAAUCAGUAACCAUGAGUGAAGAUGUCGUCGACCCCAUCCACGAGCUUCGCAAAGAAUGCCGCGAAACUCCAGAAUGUAUCAAAUUUGACAAGUUGUUUGAGGCUUGCUCUGUUCGUCAACCAAAGACCAAGGAAAGCUGCGAAGAAGAACUGAUUGAUUUGAUCCAGUGCGUAGACAAGUGUGUUGGCCCCAAACUGUUUGCCAAGUUAAAGUAA